CGGUGACUGAACUUGAAGACAUCAUAGAUCGGCACCCCACGCGUAUCGCAGAAUCAUGCGAUGACGGGGACAGACACCCUUGACUAUUUCCUUCAUUUCCUCUCCUUUGACGGUACAAUAUGGCCCCCGAGGGGGUUGCAGAAGACGAUGUCUCGAAAGAAGAUACGGUUGAAGACGUCAAGUCUGACCAUGAAACUCUGAAAUACCAGCUCCUCGGUCCAUCCUUGACCAAAGCUGGGCAGAAAAGCGUUGAUCAAUCCAAAGUACUACUUCCCCCCUUCUGCCGCUUGGUUUGCGCCGCACCUAACCUAACCUGCAACGCUGUACGCAGGUGUCCGAGAUCAUCUACAAUGCUUCCAAAGGCUCCAAGUUCUUCAACCACGAAGAGGCCAGGGACAAGGUCCUCACGGCCAAGAUCUCCCAGAUCCUGGCAAAGAAGCAGCACCUCGAGACCCAGGACCUGACCCGCGAGCUCCGACACGCCGACACCUUGAUCGCCCAGCUGGAGCUCUCGCGCGACCUCAGCCAGACGAUCGUGCACAUCGACUGCGACGCCUUCUACGCGGCGGUGGAGCAGCUUGACCGGCCCGAGCUGGCGGAGCUCCCCUUCGCCGUCGGCGGCGGCGUGCUGACGACGUGCAACUACG